CCGCCGCCAUGAGCAGCGCGGAGCCGCCGCUCGGCGCCGGGCCGCGGGCAGCGCCCGCCUGGCAGCGGGAGAUCCUGGAGCGCAAGCGGGCCAAGCUGGCCGGGGCGGGCGGCGAGCCCGAGCCCCCGGCCGGGGAGCGGCUGGUGGUGGCGGAGAGUCUGGGCCCGCUCCGCGAGAACCCCUUCAUGCGGCUGGAGAGCGAGCGGCGCCGGCUGCGGCAGGGGCGGCCCGGGCCCGGCGGCGCGGCGCGGCCGCUGCAGCAGCUGCUGGAGCUGUACAGCGCCGUGCCCGGCAUCCGCACCAUCCGCGCCGACAACAUCCUCAUCAUCGAGUCCCGCUCCGAUCCCGCCGCCUGCUUCGCCGCGGGGGAUGCGCCGCCCGCCCGCUGCCGGGACCCGGCCGGCGCCGACCCGCUGCGGGAGCUGCUGGCCCGGCGCGGCGCCGCGCUCGCCGAGAUCCGCGCCGACCAGGUCGUCAUCUACGAGACGGCCGAGCCGCCGGAGCCGCCCGAGGCGGCCGAGCCGGGCACCGUCAGCCGCCUCCUGGAGAAGUUCGGGCAGCGGCCGCGGGGCCGCCGUCGCCGCGUUGGGGACGCGCUGACCGGGACCGGCGGGGCCGCGGCUCCGCCGCAGGUGGGACCGGGCGCUGCCCGUGCCGCGCCGCCCGCUGCGCCCGCGGGACCCGGCUCUCCCCGCGCCCCCGCGCCCCUCCAGAAGGGACCCGGCUUUCCCCGGGCUCCGGUGCAGAAGGCGGGACCGGCAUCUCCGCCGGCGGUCCCGGCCACUCCUCCGCCGCUCCCGGCUCCCCCCCGGGCCGCCACCCCUCCAGCGGUGCCGGUGGCCCCCCAACCCACAGUCCUGCCGCCGGCUUUCCCCCGGGCUGUCACCCCCCCGCCCACGGCCCCUCCACGGGUUGUCACGCCUCCGCCCACGGUUUCCCCCCGGGCUGUCACCCCCCAACCCCCGGCACCCCCGCGGGCUGUCACCCCCCAGCCCGCACCACCUCCCCGGGUUGUCACCCCACAGCCCGUGUCCCCCCAGCCCACCCCGGCUCCCGCCCGGGCUUUCACCCCAGAGCCCGCAGCCCCCCAGCCCGGCCCGGCUCCCCCCAGGGCUGCAGCCCCCCAGGCGGUCCCGGCUGCCCCCAAGGCUGCGGCCCCUCAGGCCAACUGCUUUCUGCACAAGAUCAGCUCCAACUCCUUCACGGUCACACCCCGGGGGCAGCCCCCCAGCGCCCGCGUCCCCGAGCCCGGUGCUGUCCCUGCCGGCCGCCCCGCAACGCCCACGGGGCCACCAGUGCCAUCCACCAGCCCUUCCCAUGCCAGAGCCAACGCCAGGAGGCCAAAGCCGGAGGAGGCCGAAGUGGCCGUGUCGCCCCUGCCCAGUGCCAGUCCGGCCCCCAGUGCCACCGGCGCCGUUCGGCCGCUCUCUGCCUCAGCCCCCCGGGCCGGGGGCUCCUUCGAAAUCCACCCGGCCCCCAAACCCGACCUGGCGGCCAUCCCAGCCCACGACCUGCAGGCACAGGCUCUGGCCAAGCUGCGCCUGAAUUCGCGCAAUUCCUUCGUCUUCGUGCCCCGCCGGGAGGGCAGCCCGGCUCGGCCGCCGGCCCAGAUUGCCAGGCCAGGGCCACCGCCACCGCCCUCGGAGGAGAAGGCACCCCCGGAGCCCCCGAGGGCUUCCGCCCCCGAGCAGGAAGAGCCCAUCACUUCCCCGCCGGCCCCUCUGGAUCCGUUGGUACCUGUGACUUACAUCGAUGACAUUGUGGAGCCGGACAGCGGGGCUGGCCCGGCUGCGAGGACGGGGAGCUUGGCGGAUCAGCCUGGAGGAGCUGGCCCCGACCUGGAGAUGGAGUUUUCCUCUGUGCCCCUCUACAGACCACACUCUGCCCCCCAGCAGAGGGGAGGCAGCACCUUCACUGUCGUGCCCAAAAGGAAGCCCGUGGCCCCGGGGCCGCAGGCUCUCGCCGAUGCCAGCAGAAGGCCGCAGCGGGAGGAAGAGGAGGAGGAGGAGGAGAGCAAAGGAAGAGGCAAAGCCGUGGAGAACGCUGAUGGGCCUCAAGUGGGGAUAUCCCAUAAAAAGCGCUACCCCACGGUGAACGAGAUUGAAGUGAUCGGAGGCUACCUGUCCCUGGAGAGGUCCUGCAUGAGCAAGACAGGCUCGCGCCGCAAGAAGAUGAAGAUCUCUUUCAACGAGUCAAGUUUGCAGACGAUGUUUGAGUAUCCCUCAGAGAGCUCCCUGGCAGAAGAGGAUGAGGAAGAGGAAGGACACACUUCUGAAACAGAGGAAAAAUCUCAUACCCUUUAUAUUCCACGCCCAAACAGCACUUUGCAUCCCAGUACACCUAACUCAGCAGAUUUAUCCAGCUACACCCCAAAGCACUCCGUGAAGUUCAGCGAGUGGCAGGAGCAGAAGUAUGAGGGUCCUGCUGCAGAGGGAUCCCUCCCAAAGGAAGCUGAUUCCCAGGGGAACCAAGUCAUGCUCACCCCGGCGGAGAAGGGCGGUCUCUCGGAUUUCAGCAGCGAGCCCGCGCUCUAUUUCUGAGGCUGCUCCGCGGUGCUGCAGCAGCGCUGCUGGGCAGGACGGGGCAGCGCAGCCCGCACGGGAACCGCCCCGAACCGCGGCUCUCCCGGACCCUGCUGCCAAGGGUGGACCACGUGCUCUCGGGCAUCUUCGGAGAAUAUUUGCACUGGAUUUUGGGACCGAAUUACUGCUUUCAAGGCAUAUGAUUUAUUCUGCCUGUGGCCUUGCAUGUUCCUUGUUCAAGAUCAGCUGCUGGUUAGGCAAGUGUGGGAAGGACAUCUGUAAUCCCGGGAUGGAUGUUGAUUUUUCUCAGUGCUUGUCUGAGUCCAGGCACUGUGCAGGGUCUGGACAGCUUUUGCAACCCUUCUCCCCAGUGGAGGAUGGCUCUGGAGUGGAGCACUGGGCAGUUAGGUGGGUUCACAGCGUGGCUGUGAUUUGACACAUUGGGUGCCAGUUUGGAAAACCAUUGAAGGUUCAUGGCUUGUCCUUGGCAUGUUUCCAGCUCUGGUUUCCCUGAAACAUCAUGGAAUUCAUGUGCCAGUUACAUGCUUGUGGAGUUCACUGAACACCCUCAGGGAGGGAUGGGAAGAGCAAUCAAUGCCUUUAGCUUUAGAUGUUAUUUUUGCACCAAUUAGUAAUGUCCAGACUGCCUCCAGCCUCUUGAAUAUUCCCAAACAUUGGCCAUAGCUUUGGUCUGUCCUUCCCAACUGUGGCAUCCAGUCUCUGGGAGUUGCUGGUUGCUCUCCAGUUUGCCAGCUCCUCUCGUUGCUGUGUUCCAAAUCUGAUUGAUCUCUCUUGGUUGCUUCCUUCAAGCCACACUUGCUCUUCUCUUCUAGUCAAAGCACAGGAGGGAAGUUUCACUCCAUUCUUCUGCAGAACUUGAACAAGGAAUGUGGGUUAUUUUUGGUUUUUUCUAGGAUUUUUAUAGUUCUAUUAUAAUUGUUUAAUGCAGCCAAUAUGCAAAGGAAUCUGCUAGAAUCUUCCAUUCAAGUUUUCUACUACUGUAAACUCAGGGUCAAAAUUGCACUCUGGAACAGAUGGAGCAGUGCUGCUAAUGUGAUUUGUACUUUGGGAUUAAAAGAGAUGUGGUGAGAACAGA